GCAGCAAAUUUUCAAGCAGUUCAUUUUUCGAAGCUGAGCUGCACCGACCACCCGACGACGGAACGGACAACGACAACGACGACGACGCCGACCCCCCCAGACGACCAAGACGAGGACGCGCGGGCGGAGGUCUCCCCCCGAAAAAGCAGAAGAAAACCAAAUAAGAACUUUAUCUGGAGCAUCCAGCGUUCAAUUUGCACGCCCGUGAUAACCAGCAAUUGAGGUCAUCCCCCCGUAGCGGCUGCGAAGACGGGAAGACUGCCGUAGAAGUGGAGGCGAGUCCAAAGAAGAUGCUGGUACAGUGGAUUGUGACUGGCCUGGCUUUGGCCAUGGUCGCCCAGCUGGUGCCCAGAGGACGGGGCUACAUCAUCAAAGAGGAGGAGAGCUUCCUGCAGCAGCCCCACUACACCAGCCAGGAGCAGCUGGAGGAUCUGUUUGCGGGCCUGGAGAAGGCCUAUCCAGAGCAGGCUCGCGUUCACUAUCUGGGCCGAUCCCUGGAGGGCCGCAACCUGGUUGUGCUGCAGAUCUCGAAGAAUACGCGGCAGCGCAAUCUGCUCACGCCGCCCGUCAAGUACAUUGCCAAUAUGCACGGCGACGAGACGGUGGGACGGCAGCUGCUCGUCUAUCUGGCUCAGUACCUGUUAGGCAACUACGACCGCAUCACGGAUGUGGGCCAGCUGAUGAACUCCACGGACAUCUAUCUAAUGCCCACCAUGAAUCCCGAUGGCUAUGCUCUGUCCCAGGAGGGCAACUGCGAAUCGCUGCCCAAUUAUGUGGGGCGUGGCAAUGCGGCGGGCAUCGAUCUUAACCGCGACUUCCCCGACCGUCUGGAGGAGCCCCAUGUCCACCAGCUGCACGCGCAGUCCCGCCAGCCGGAGACGGCCGCCCUAGCCAACUGGAUAAUCAGCAAGCCGUUCGUGCUCUCGGCCAACUUCCAUGGCGGAGCCGUGGUGGCCAGCUAUCCCUACGACAACUCCAUAGCGCACAAUGAGUGCUGCGAGGAGAGCCUGACCCCGGAUGACCGCGUUUUCAAGCAGCUGGCGCACGCCUACUCGGACAACCAUCCGAUCAUGCGGAAGGGCAGCAACUGCAACGACUCCUUUGCCGGAGGCAUCACAAACGGCGCCAACUGGUACGAGCUCUCCGGCGGCAUGCAGGACUUCAACUACGCCUUCAGCAACUGCUUCGAGCUGACCAUCGAGCUCUCCUGCUGCAAGUAUCCGCCUGCCAGCACCCUACCCGCAGAGUGGCAGCGCAACAAAGGUUCGCUGAUGCAGCUGCUGAAGCAAGCCCACAUCGGCAUCAAGGGCCUGGUGCAGGACGCCAAUGGCUAUCCCAUCGGUGAUGCGAACAUUAUUGUGGCCGGCCUGGACGAAAAGCCCAUUCGCACCUCGAAGCGUGGCGAGUACUGGCGCCUGCUCACGCCCGGCCUGUACAGCGUGCAUGCGGCUGCCUUUGGGUACCAGACCAGUGCCCCGCAAGAGGUGCGCGUUACCAACGACAACUUGGAGGCUCUGCGGCUGGACUUCAAGCUGCUGCCCGUCGAGACGAACUUUGAUGGCAACUUCCGGAAGGUGAAGGUGGAACGCGCUGAGCCGCCGGAGGCAAGGAAGGAGCAGUUCGACGGCUUCCUUACCCACACCGUCUUCGAGCACCACAACUAUACGUCCAUGGAGAGCUACCUGAGGCAACUAGCGGACAGCUAUCCCUCGCUGACGCGGCUCUACAGCAUCGGGAAGAGUGUCCAGGGCAGGGAUCUGUGGGUGCUGGAGCUGUUCGCUACGCCAGGAUCGCAUGUGCCCGGCGUGCCCGAGUUCAAGUACGUGGCCAAUAUGCACGGCAACGAGGUGGUCGGCAAGGAGAUGCUGCUGCUGCUCAGCAAGUACCUGCUGGAGCGGUAUGGCAACGACGAGCGGGUCACCCGUCUGGUGAACGGCACGCGGAUGCACUUCCUGUACAGCAUGAACCCAGACGGGUAUGAGGUGUCGCGCGAGGGCGACCGCAUGAGCCGCUUGGGACGCGACAAUGCCCACAAUAUCGAUCUGAAUCGCAACUUUCCGGACCAGUACGGCACCGACAAGUUCAACAAGGUCACCGAGCCGGAGGUGGCGGCGGUCAUGAACUGGACUCUGUCACUGCCGUUCGUGCUCUCGGCGAAUCUGCACGGCGGCUCACUGGUGGCCAACUAUCCGUUCGAUGACAACGAGAACGACUUCAACGAUCGGUACUCGCGCCUGCGCGACGCUAGCAUCAAUGGCCGCAAGCUGAAUCCCACCGAGGACAACGCCCUGUUCCGGCACCUGGCGGCGGUCUAUGCGCAAGCCCACCCCACCAUGCACCUGGGAAAGCCGUGCGAACUCUUCCAGGACGAGCACUUCCCCGACGGCAUCACCAACGGGGCCCAGUGGUACAGCGUGACCGGGGGCAUGCAGGACUGGAACUAUGUGCGCGCCGGCUGCCUGGAGCUGACGAUCGAGAUGGGCUGCGACAAGUACCCUCUGGCCCGGGAGCUGCCACAGUUCUGGCACGAAAACCGCGAGCCGUUAAUCCAGUUCAUCGAACAGGUGCACCACGGCAUCCACGGCCUUGUGCACAGCACCAUCGGCACGCCGAUUGCCGGUGCUGUCGUCCGCCUGGACGGAGCCAAUCACUCCAGUUUUAGCCAGACGUUCGGCGACUACUGGAAGCUCGCACUGCCCGGCCAGCACAACGUCACCGUCCUGGGAGAUAACUAUGCACCGCUGCGCGUGGAAGUGGAGGUGCCGUCAUCAGAACCCUUCAAUAUGCGCCUGGACGUGACCCUCAUGCCCGAUGACCCCCAGCACUGGGCCUCGGCCAACGACUUCCGCAUCAUAGAGAACGUGGUGAACACCCGCUACCACACGAAUGCCGAGAUCCACUCUCGCCUGGAGGAGCUGGAGAACCAGAACGGACAGAUCGCGAGCUUCGGCUAUGCGGACAACGAGUUCAGUCGAUACUUCAACUACCUGAAGAUGACCUCCGAUAUUGGUGAGCCCGAGGAGCACAAGUACAAGCUGCUGGUGGUUAGCUCCAUGUUCGACACAGCUGCGCCAUUGGGCAGGGAGCUCAUGCUGAAUCUCAUCCGUCAUCUGGUGGAGGGCUACAAGCUGCAGGACGCCACCGUGAUGCAGCUGCUCCAGCGCAGUGUCAUUUACUUCCUGCCGCAGACGCAGAAGUUCCCGAAGGUCUUUCACCUGUACAACACCAACUCCUCUGUGUGCGAUCCUGUGCUGGGCGACGAGCUGGCCGAGCGCUUGCUGAGUCCCGAAACGGAGCCGGGCCGCGACAUGCUGCUGCAGUUCUUGCACAGCGAGCGCUUCGACCUGAUGCUCACCUUCAGUGCGGGCAGCUCCGAGCUGGACUUCCCGCACGGCGACUCCAUCCUGGAAAAGUUCGCCCACAGCAUCCAGCGCACGGAGUUCAACUACUCGCCGCUGCAGUGUAGCGCCUCGGCCACCAGGCAGCGGCACCGCGAGACCAGCGAUCGGCUGACGAACCUCCUCUACAAGAUGUACAACCUGCCCAUGUACACACUGGGCGUGUCGUGCUGCCGGAUGCCCGCCCACAAGCAGAUCGCCUCCGUGUGGCGCAAGAACAUCGACAAGAUCAAGAACUUCCUGGGCCUCGUCCAGACGGGAGUCACUGGCCUUGUGCACAACGAUGAGGGGCAGCCGCUGCGCGAGGCCUUUGUGCGCCUGCAGGAGCACCAGAUGGUGUACAAUGUGACCCGGAAUGCGGCGCGCUUCCAGCUUAUGCUGCCCAGAGGGCUGUACGGUCUGGAGGUGACAGCCCCCAACUACGCGUCGCAGGUGAUCAAGGCGGAGGUGCAGCAGGGCCAGCUGGUCGACCUGGGCGCCAUUCGCCUGCACCCAUUCACCCUCAUACGCGGCGAGGUCGAGGAGCUGCCCAGCAAUAGUCAGGCUCAUUCCGUGACGGGUGUCGGCUCCAAGUUCACGACGAGCAUUGUCGGCGUCGUGCUGGACGAGAGCAACCAUCCCAUUCGCAAUGCCAAAGUAUCCGUCAUCGCUCCCGCUGGGCUCGAGCGCCUACGCAACUUCACCAACAGCCUGGGCGAAUACCGCCUGUCCGCCGUGCCCCUGGGCACAGUGAGCCUCAAAGUGGAGGCACCGCGCCACUUCGAGGCCACGAGGCAGCUGCACCUGGCACAGGGUGGACUGCCCACGGAGAAUGUCGUCUUCCAUCUGAAGUUCAACGAGCAUGUGUUCGGCCUGCCGCGCUUCCUCUUCAUCAUCUUCGCCAGCGUGAUGAUCAUCGUUGGCGUGGUUGUGUGCGUGUUGUGCGCUCAGUUCUGGUUCUACCGGCGUCACCGGGGCAACAAGCCGUAUUACAACUUCUCGCUGCUGCCGCAGAAGACCAAGGAACACUUCGACCUGGAAGAGGACGAUGCGGGCGAUGACGGUGAAACAGAGCUGUUCCGUUCUCCUAUCAAGCGUGGCAUGACCAUUCAGCCGUACUUCGAUGAGGAGAACCUGGAGCGGAUUCUGCACACGGACGAGGAGGAUGACGAGGACGACGACGAGGAUGGGCCGCGCAUGGAGCCCGAGUUCGAUGUGGCCGAUGACAGCGGCGAUGAGAUCGUCAUGUUGCACCAGCACGGCAAACCGCGCCGCCACUAAGGACAUGUCCACCUUCUCGUGAUCCUCAACCCCCUGGUCCCGAUCCAGACCACCCACAACAGUAGCAACAGCAGACACCACACAACAAAACUGUGAUUCAAAACGUUUUCAAGAAAAAUCCAAGCAAGGCAUUGCUCUUUUUUUUAAUUUAAUUUAUAUACAGCUGCGGUCAACGUAAUAGUAGUGCCAGCCAGUUCUCAAAAGGUUGCAUAAAAGAGAAAAUGUUCUUUUAUACUAAUUGAUGAUAUAUUAGGCUCAAGAAUUCAUGACAUUCAGAAACGCCUGGAGUUUGCGUAGACUUUUGCAGAGUAUAAUUCCACGUUGAGAAUUCUGUAGCCUCACUACACUAUCACUAUCUUUUAACACUUAAAAGGAAUGUAACUUUCAAAUAUGGUAGCGCCAGCGUACAGUUUUUAAAAGUCUAGUUUUUUUUCACUAAUACUCUUUCACUUACACUCACUCACAGAUAAUUCACGUGUAUUGAAUACAAUUGAACAGUGCGUAAAAACUUCUAUCUCUUAUAGAUUUUUCGAUACUAGUAUAGGUAAUAGUAGAAUGUAAUUCUAAAUCAUUUUCAAAAUUUUGGCGUACAUUGGCUAAGAGCUUACCGUCUAUAUAAGCUAUACCAUUUGGACCGCGAUGAGGCAUUACGCUUCUUAGUAUUUCUUAGUUAAUUCAUAAUUCAUUGAAUUGGACUUAUAUAGAUGGAAAAAUCUUAGCCAAUGUACGCAUUUUUCCACGAACAUCCACUUUAGUAAGACGCUCUUAUCUGUUGUAGUCCCGUGACUAAAACGAUUCUGAAAAAGAAUCAAUCUUAAUUGAAAAUUAAGUAUGAUAUGUAUAUUAGAAACAAACUAUUUAUCCAGAGAUGCUUAGACGAGUAAUACUAUAAAAAAGAGACUUAGAAAAUGACAAAUGACUGGACAACGCCGCAGCUGAGUUUGAUUUUAAUUUAGAUGCCCUUCCUUUCAUUUAAGACCUUCAAAGAAACACACACUCUUAUUGAGACCGCAGCUGUAGCUGCAUAUUUAUCACCCAUUUGCACUAUACAUAUGACAGGUUAAAGAUGGGUGUUUAGAUGUAUGCACUCGUAUGUAGUAUAUGGCUUACAUAUGUAUGUGCUGUAAAUGUAACUAAUAAUUAUUCGAUAUACAUAAUUUAUGGAAAUGUAUUCUUGGCCGCUUGCGAUUUAUUGUUAGUAAAAUGUUUGUAAUUAUAUUCGCAUCACAAUGCGCCUGCAAUGCCCAGCUUUAAAUAGAAAAUGUGACCAAUGCGAAUUGGCGAAUCUCUCAAUGCCCCCCUCCCAGCGCCGCAAUGUUCCGAAGAAACCCCUAAUCGUAAUUGUAAUCAUAAUCGCAACUUAACUUAAGACUGAGAACUACUUAUGCAAUUCUAACCAGAGUAGAGAAGACGCAAUUUUAAAAUAGCAGCAAAAGAAGACACGAAUCUAGCGAAAUAGUUCAAAUGUAUAUUUUGAAGAUGUACAUAACAUAUAUUAUUCGGUGCCUGCCAAACACAUUCCAGCGACUAAAAGAUACGCCUUCAGUGUGCAGUGCGUUUCACAGCAAUAUGAGAGUUGGACAAUUGUGAUUGUGAACAGGUUCUUUGGAACCGAUACGUAAAUUUUGUAUUUCGAUUUUUGUAAGAUUUGAUGGCCACUAUAUUUAAUCGUUUAGCUAACUAAAUUUAAUCUGAAAUUCGUUUUAAUUGUGAAUUCAUGCAUCCUAUGGAACCUAUAGAACAUAUUUGGCCCCAUGCGAGGAUUGAGCUUUAAUUAAACUAUUCGAUUAUUUAAACUAUGCCUAUAUUUUUCCUUUGUCCUAUGCUGAUCACUUCAAGAUAUUCCAUUUGAUCCAGAAACUGUUUAAAUCUCAUUUUGCUUGUCCUACGCACUGUAUACACCAGAUACGACCUGAUCUAGCUGGUCUUUCUAGCUUCAAUAAAUGAUCCGUCUAUAAAUAGAAAUUCCCUUUAAAAAGUAACAGAGCGUACGGAACAGAACAGUUAACAGCUUUUAAAACAAUUGCCUUGAUACCCCUACCUUAUCGAUAUGAUAUAUUGUAUACAUAAGCCCCACAAUGUUAACAAAACCAAAUGCAAAUAUAAUAUACAGAUAAAAGCAUAGAUAUACAUAUAUAUACAUAAACAUAUACAUAUAUAUAUAUAUAUAUAGCUGUGGCACUGCACGAUCUUAAAUACUACUUUAACGAGUAUAGAGCACACACAGACAAAGCAAGUACGAGUAGAAAUCAAUGGAAAGAGCAAUAUUACGAGAAUAUGGCGAGAAGAUUGUACGAGUAUGCGUACAUUCCCUAAGGUGCAGCAUUUACUUAUAUGAUUAUACUAUAUUGUAUUGUAUGUACUUCUAUCGUAUACAUAUCCAAAAUAAUGGCAAUUAUAGCUAUGUAAGAAAUUCUCUGAAUAAAAGCAUAAAGUACCUACAAA